GUUUAGUCCAACUCACUGGCGACCUGCAUUUCAACUUACGCUGUUCUUCAGCUACUGUCAUAAUACACCUUUCCUCACCACAAAACCACCUAGAGACCUUCUUGCACCCGUUGAAAAUUGACCGAUCCCUGCGACUCGACCACCUUAAGCGACCCUCCUUUACAAGACUUCCACCAUGGCUGAUUCCCUAACCGAAGAACAAGUCUCUGAAUUCAAGGAGGCGUUCUCUCUCUUCGACAAGGAUGGCGAUGGCCAGAUCACAACAAAAGAGCUGGGGACUGUCAUGAGGUCACUGGGCCAAAAUCCCUCCGAAUCUGAACUGCAAGACAUGAUCAACGAAGUGGAUGCAGACAACAAUGGCACGAUUGAUUUCCCAGAAUUCUUGACGAUGAUGGCCCGCAAAAUGAAGGACACCGACUCUGAGGAGGAAAUUCGAGAGGCGUUCAAGGUGUUCGAUCGCGAUAACAAUGGCUUCAUUUCAGCAGCUGAACUCCGUCAUGUCAUGACUUCAAUCGGCGAAAAACUCACAGACGAUGAAGUCGACGAAAUGAUUCGGGAGGCUGACCAAGAUGGCGACGGCCGCAUUGACUACAACGAAUUCGUACAAUUGAUGAUGCAGAAAUGAGUGAUGACAGUCAACCGAGAUGUGCAGCACAAAGCUUCAGGAAGUUUAGAGCGGAUGGAAGGAUCGAAUAUUUCGCUACCAAUAUUGAAGGCAGGAGCAGCACCUGCUCCGCUAUCAUAGAACCACAGGGGUCGUCAAGCAGAGAGCUUGCCUAGCCAGCAGAAGAGACCAUCAGAGCCAAUCCUAUUCGUAUCUCCGCCGCUUCCCUUCGUGGCCUCUUGGAUCCAUAUCACAUCGGAUUCGUUUACACAUUCAUGGGUAUCCUAGGUGGUCGUAAUGUUGACAGCAUUGUUUUCGUGCAGCAGCA